GGCAGAGGAGGCUCGCAUCCCCCGCCCACAAUUUCAGGUGACAGCUAGGCAAAACAGGCCGUUCACAACUUGCUGCACGCCAAGGAACUGCGCAGGCAAGGUUUUAUGACAGCAAUUACUACACUGUAGUUUGUAAAUAUAGAAUUACCAACUGAUACACCAAACGGCUGUUAAUUAAUUGUUUCUAAAUCGUGUGAAUUGCAGUCUUCCGCAAUAUACCGAACAGUGGGGAGAAACUCGAAUCCUGUAGCUAACUUAACUAACGUUAGCUAUACCACGGGCUAACUAAUUUGUUGUACGUUUGAAUUAUUUAUCGAAAUGUCGGACACUCCGGGGGACGGAAAGUUGGAGCUGAAACAAGCCAGCAAAGAAGUAAAGGAGAGCGAGAAUGUGGCUGAAAAAUACUCAGCCAUGACCGUGAGCAAGAACAGCGAAAUUACCAUGGGUGAACUGUCAGUGUCGUCUGCUGCGUUCAGUGCGGUCCCUAUUCACAAACCCGUUAAAAAGCAAAUCCAGUUUGUGGAAGACAAGCAGGAGUUCAGCAGGUUCCCUACCAAGGCUGGCCGACGCUCGCUGUCUCGAUCCAUCUCUCAGUCAUCCACGGACAGCUACAGCUCCGCUGCGUCCUACACAGACAGCUCUGACGAUGAGACUUCACCACGGGACAAAACACAGCUCAACUCCAAGGGCACCAGUGACUUCUGUGUGAAGAACAUCAAACAGGCCGAAUUUGGUCGUCGCGAGAUUGAGAUUGCAGAACAAGAUAUGUCAGCAUUAAUCUCCCUCAGGAAGAGAGCCCAGGGAGAGAAGCCACUUGCUGGGGCAAAAAUUGUUGGCUGCACUCACAUCACUGCCCAGACUGCAGUGUUGAUUGAGACUCUGGUGGCCCUGGGGGCCCAGUGUCGCUGGACAGCCUGUAACAUCUACUCAACACAGAACGAGGUGGCAGCUGCCCUCUCAGAGAUCGGUGUGGCGGUUUUUGCCUGGAAGGGGGAAUCGGAGGAUGACUUCUGGUGGUGUAUCGACAAGUGCGUCAACAUGGAGGGCUGGCAGCCUAACAUGAUCCUUGAUGAUGGAGGGGACUUGACCCACUGGGUGUAUAAGAAAUACCCCAACGUCUUCAAGAAGAUCAGGGGCAUUGUGGAGGAGAGUGUGACUGGGGUCCACAGGUUGUACCAGUUGUCCAAAGCAGGCAAACUGUGUGUGCCAGCCAUGAAUGUAAAUGACUCUGUGACAAAGCAGAAGUUUGACAACCUCUACUGCUGCAGAGAGUCUAUCCUGGAUGGCCUGAAGAGGACCACAGAUGUGAUGUUUGGAGGAAAGCAGGUUGUUGUAUGUGGUUAUGGAGAGGUUGGGAAAGGUUGCACUGCCGCACUGAAAGCCAUGGGAUCCAUCGUCUACGUCACAGAGAUUGAUCCCAUCUGCGCCCUGCAGGCCUGCAUGGACGGCUUCAGGGUGGUCAAGCUGAACGAGGUCAUCCGUCAGGUGGACGUCAUCAUCACAUGCACUGGGAAUAAGAACGUGGUGACUAGGGACCAGCUGGACCGCAUGAAGAACGGCUCCAUCGUGUGCAACAUGGGACACUCCAACACUGAGAUUGACGUGGCAAGCCUGCGGACCCCAGAACUGACCUGGGAGAGAGUGCGCUCUCAGGUGGACCACGUCAUCUGGCCUGACGGCAAGAGGGUCAUCCUGCUGGCCGAGGGUCGUCUUCUGAACCUCAGCUGCUCCACAGUUCCCACCUUCGUCCUGUCAAUCACAGCCACGACCCAGGCUCUGGCCCUUAUUGAGCUGUACAAUGCUCCAGAGGGCCGCUACAAACAGGAUGUCUACUUGCUGCCCAAGAAGAUGGAUGAGUAUGUUGCCAGCCUGCACCUGCCCACCUUUGAUGCCCACCUGACUGAGCUUUCAGAUGAGCAGGCCAAGUACCUGGGUCUCAACAAGAAUGGCCCAUUCAAACCCAACUACUACAGGUAUUAGCUUGCAUGACUGGACCACAACUCUGCACUCCUUGACUUGGACAAGGCCUGGAUGACCAGAAGAUAACGAAAUCUAUAUUUUAUUUUUUAAAGACACUGUUUCUGUUUUCAAAUCAAGCUCUAUUCCGUCAUCAUCUUAAGUAAAUGUUACACUGUUUCAUUUGCUGUUUUGUGUGUUUAGUUUCACCAUCAGUUCUGUAAGUACACACCUCCUCUAAGAAACCAGCACGCAGGAUCCCACUGGCCAUGAAUGACUAAUUAAUUGAAAGUACAGCACUUAAACUCUGCUCUCAGCUAGAGAUGUAUUUCUUUCUACAGAAGUCUGAUUUCAUACCCACUCUCCACUAGAAUAGACAUUUUUUUGGUGGUUUAUCAGUAGUUUGUUUUAUGUUUAUAUUAUUGUGCCAAAUGAUUGUGUAGGGAAGGGGAUCGUUGUGAUUGAGAUUGUAUUUGUUUUCUGCAUUGAUGUCGCUACACGCUUCUCAAAUAAUUACAUUCCAGCCAGGGGAACAGGGAGAAAUGGCCUCUACACUAGAAAGCCCCAAUCGCAUUUAAAGGUCCAAUGCAGCCGUUUGUAUCUUAAUAUCUAAUCAUUUCUGGGUCACAAUUAAGUACCUUACCUUUGUUUCUUUUUUAAAAAACUAUUUUAAUUGAGAACAAACAGCUUCUUAGCAAAGAGCAAUUUCUCAAGCAAGAAUUUUG